CCGAACUAGACAUCCGGCCACAAAUGUAAACAAACGAGACCGUGUUCGCUCUCGUGUGUUAUAAUCACGCUGUUUAUUUUUGUUAUGGCCAAAAUGUUUUGCUACUCAACAAAAAAUCUUUAUGGGCUGCUCUCUGUCGAAUGCAGAUGGAUGGCCUGUCAAAACAUGGCCACUGCUUCCAAAUUUUCAUUUAAGAAAAAGGAACCCAAGUAUCCUAUGGGCAAUUUUGGUCUUGACAGAAAGGAACGAAGAACUUUGAGAAAGCGCUUGCUGGAGGGGAAAGAAGGCACUGUGAAAAAGCAUGUCUUCAAGAAACUCUACCCAUGGCAAAGUAAAAAGGAAUUAGCUUUGCAUUUAAAAAGCAGUGAAGUGUAUAAUGAUGGUAAGUGUUUUAACUCCCUUCCUUUAUGUAAUGUUUCUCUUAUCUCUACUGCUCUUCCCCUUCCUAUGGGAAAUUGUAUAUUUCAUAUUUCAAAUGGCAUGGGUAUGCAUAUCACAGGUAUGUGCUCUCAAGGUUAUAUGAUACCAGAUUUCAGGUGUAAAAAGGAUAAAGGAUGCCGGAUAAGAUGGUAUUUAGAUAAUACGGAGAGUGAAUUUUUCUUCUUUACCUCCUUAUACUACUUCAAAUGUUGGUUGACUUUUUCCCCUCAUAGGUGGAGCAGUGGCUUAAUUCUCCUGAGUACCAAUCCCAAUGUCACAGAAAAGGUCAAGAAGUGUUUUAGAUCAUCGCAAGCAUUACAGCAACCUCAUAUGACUUAUUGGGCUGUAACGUGUGGAAUGCCAAAACCCGUGACUGUUGCAAAGAAAGUUCCCUUUGGCCUUGAGUAUGUUCCAAACACAGGGCAUGUGCCAGUGAUUAAGAAAGCAUACACUAAAGCCGAUAUCAAAAGAGGGAAAAUGAAACUGGCCAUUGUAGAACAUGUAACAAAAGUGUUCAGUAAAGAAUCAGAUAUGUCCCUUGUUGAGGUAAAUGUCCAUGUCACCAAGAACCAUUUCCUAAGGGUAUGGCUAGCAUAUAGUUACAGCCCUGUCUUGGGAGACCAUUUUUAUGGAGGUAGAGUAAAAGCAGUUGCAGGCAAAAAGGUGCUUGUUGAUGUACAGAAUCUCACAUCAUAUGUCCCUCAGACUUUACCCAAUGAUACUUUCUCAAGAUUGAAUCUACUAGACAAAGCAGUAGAGAUGAUACCUUGCCACUUGCACCUCACAAAACUACGACUAAGCCGCUUCAAGAAGGAUAAUUCCGACCUGGUCAUUACCGCUCCUCCACCUGACCAUUUUAUGUGGACGUGUAGACAGCUCGGACUCAUGACUGCCAGUGAAGGUGAACGGGACAUUGUGGAGGAAAAUUCAUGAUAUUACAAUAAAUUUUAAAAGAUUGUACAUUAUUAUAGAAGUUGAAUUCUUGUUUCAACAUGUAUGUGUAUAAAUGUAAAAAAGAACCUUUUAAUAAUAUAAAGCAAUAUGC